GUGAGAGCCAUGCAGGCAUUCUACCAUUCCCGGAUUAUUUGGUACGGGAAAAUGUAAUCCCACUCCCACCUACGACCCAAGCGAGCAUAUGUCCCUGAACAUCUUGUUGUCGAAGGAGGGGGGCGUUGGGAUCGUCAGACUCAACCGCCCGCAGGCAUCGAAUGCAUUAUCUAAGGCGCUCCUCCAAGAGCUUCUUCAAGGCUUAGCUGUGUAUGAAAUGGAUGACGAAAUCGGUGCCAUUAUUGUCACAGGAUCAGAUACCGUCUUUUGUGCCGGUGCGGACCUUAAAGAGCAAAAAGAUCUGACCUUCUAUUCGAGCUUUAUGAGCGAACAUUUUAGGGCUUUCACUGAGAGAAUUCAAGCCAUUCGCAAGCCCAUCAUUGCUGCUGUGAAUGGCUACGCUCUUGGGGGUGGAUUCGAACUUGCGAUGCUGUGUGACACUAUCUUCGCCGGUCAAAGUACAAAGUUUGGGCAGCCUGAAAUUAAAAUCGGAACGAUCCCUGGAGCUGGAGGCACGCAAAGGCUUACUAAAGCUAUCGGGAAAGCGAAGACUAUGGAUCUGGUGCUCACAGGGAGAAUGAUAACUGGGGAGGAAGCUCUUGAAUGGGGCGUGGUCGCUCGUGUGUUGCCAGAUGAUCAAGUUCUUGCGGUUGCGGUCGAGGCAGCGAGGACCAUUGCAUCCUAUUCAAGGCCAAUGGUUUAUCUGGCCAAGGAAGCAAUCAAUGCAGCGGAAGAAAUGUCCCUCUCUCAAGGAUUGAUGUUUGAGCGCCGUCUUUUCCACUCCACUUUUGCUCUGAAUGAUGCAAAGGAGGGCAUGGAGGCCUUCGUACAGAAGCGUGCGCCUAAUUUCCGCCAUAAUUAACAACCAGGAUAUAAGCUUCAUCCUUGGGAGUAUAGCAACUGAAUGAAAAUUGUCGUCAAAAUUGCACUGCCGAGCCUGGAUUCUCGGGGACAAAUUAAUCCUUUGGUAGGAAUCGUAUGAAGGUUAUUGUUCUUCCCUGUAGUACACCUGUCCUUGUCGCAUCAACCGCCCCAAAAGCUCAGGCUCUUUCCAUUGUUCAAUAAGCAGAUAUUUCGAUUGAGGCAUCCUCUUGCAUGGCCGAGUACCAAGCUGGCGCGGUGUGUUGAAUGCCAAGAAUUGAGAUGAUUCCACGGGGCGACUCUGAGGCCCCAUCAUUUCUUUUGCUGUACUCGUUUCGUGUUUCACCUGUUACACUAGCUCGAAAAAGGAACAAACAAUACUGAAAGCUC